GGUGCCGCGGAGGGCGGGGCUAGGUGUGGGGUGGUGGCGGCGGCCAUGUCGCUGCAAGAGGACCCGGUGCAGCGCGAGAUCCACCAGGACUGGGCCAACCGCGAGUACAUCGAAGUGAUCACCAGCUCCAUCAAGAAGAUCGCGGAUUUCCUCAACUCCUUCGACAUGUCCUGCCGCUCCCGGCUCGCCACCCUCAACGAGAAGCUGACCGCGCUGGAGCGACGGAUCGAGUACAUCGAGGCCAGGGUAACAAAGGGCGAAACUCUGACCUAACUGCAGAAGGCUGGUGGGGAGCUGACCUGGAGAAGAUUGUGCAGCUGUGCUAGAGUUGACUGUCAGGAAUGUGAUUUCUUCAUUACUUCUUAUUGGUGACAGGACCGUAGCUUGUUUCUGCGAUGCAGUAUCCCUGCCUUCAGUGCAUGGCUCCAGGGUGACUCCAGAGGAAAUUGAUAAAAUGCAAAUGAGCAUGUUGAAUUCAGUGAUUUUUGUACAGACAGAUUCAUGCAGAUGUCAAGUAUUCCUGCACCCCUUAAUCUCUCUCUCAUUGCCAGCUGUGCAUGUAGAACGCCUACAUUUUGCAGCUGCAGAAUCUCUCUGGCCAAAGGUUGCUUUGGGGGAAGAAAACUUCUCUUGGGAGCUGACUGGCUGAGGAAGUGGGUGUCCAUGCUGUUGGCGGGCCACUCAUCUGGUGGUUUCAGUUCCUUUAGCAAACACUGCAACUCAUAUCUCGUAGCAAAAAUGUCAAAUUAUAUCCAUCCUUCCAGUCUGUGAGCAGAGCAGUAGAUGUGCAGUGUGUGAUUGGCGAGGGGAGACGGGAAUAGGUAAUGUGCCAAGAUAAACUCUCUGGGCAGGGUGGGUUUCAGAGCUUUCUGUGUCUUUUUGUAUUCUGUAGUGUCACAUGGGGGGUGUCUUUCAUUUGUGUUUCAACAAUAAACUGCCUCUGCUGAUGGGA